AUUGCGAAGUCUUAGGCUGAUGCUGAAAUUCAACAAUAAUUGACAAGUCUUACACUGUAAAACUUUGGUCUAGCUAUGCGCUUCACCAGAGCCUGCAGAACGUAAGUUCUGAGGUAAGUCACAGCGACCUCAAACAAUAACUGAGUCAGAAAAAUCACUCGACAGACCUAGGUUUGUCAGAAAAAAAUUCUACAGUUAGAAGUUAAUUUCUUCUGGAUUUUCAGAGUCGGCGACAGAAAGCAAUUACGCUUACAAAAAAAAAAUUUUAUUUGUUUGUGUAGACACGGACUGCAUUUAGUCUUGGCGGUGCGGAAUCCAUCAGCUGGAUAGGACUUUGGUCCGAAAGUCGAAUUCUAGUUUUUUGAGAGUGUUAAGUAAUUUUAAUACAAUUCACUUGAUGUGAGGUAUAUUUAGGUUCUCGCAUGAGCAAAUCAAAGCAUUUCUUCAAAUUAAAGGGCGGUUUCUCAGUUUGAAAUUUUCGCGCCAAGAAGUUCCGACAGUAGCACGUGGUUGAAAUAUCGAAUGUGAAUACCAGUUUUUUGUGUACGCAAUACCGAUAGUCGAACCGCGAAUUUAACUUCCAGAGUGAUUUUUCUGCUAUGGGGGCAACCUUCAGUGGCGUCAUUGACUACUAAGAACCGAGAUCGGUAAUUCCUCCUAAAAGGAUGGGUGAUGAAGACGAAGUCUCAGCGCCGGUGUCCGACGACAACAACAUACAAUCUUUCAAGGAGCUCAAAUUGUCCAGUUGGCUUUUGGAUCGACUGCAUGUAGUUGGUAUACAAAAACCUUCGGCGGUACAACGCAACUGUCUUCCGCCAAUUUUAGAAGGGAACGAUUGCAUUGCGUGUGCAAAAACGGGUUCAGGAAAAACACUCGCAUUUGCGCUACCCGUCCUUGAAAGGCUCUAUCAGGAACCUUAUGGAAUAUUUGCCUUGGUCCUUUCGCCCACCCGAGAGUUAGCCAUGCAGAUUCUAGAUCAGUUCCGUAUCCUGGGUAAAAAAGUCAAUCUCAAGGAUUGUCUUGUUGUAGGUGGAAGUGAUAUUGUCGACCAGGGCAGAGAGCUUGCACAACGACCGCAUGUCGUUGUUGCAACUCCCGGUCGACUGGCGGAUCAUUUAGAGUUUGCUCUGGACGACAUUAAACCUCUAUUCUCGAAAAUGCAGAUGCUAGUGUUGGAUGAAGCCGAUCAACUACUUAGUGGGAAAUAUAAUGAUCAACUGCAGACAAUCUUUUCGGCACUACCAAAAAAGCGACAGACACUUCUCUUCUCGGCUACGCUAACGCGGACUAUUCAAGAACUUCAGCUGCUCGCUAUGACUAAUCCAUUCUUUUAUAUGGCACCGUCUUCGGUUGCCACUGUUGAUGGUCUUUUACAAAAGAUUGUCCUAACGCCUGAGCAUGCAAAAGAUACAUAUUUGGUACAGAUAAUCAAACAAUUCCAAGAAAAGGACACAAAAGGAUUAGUUAUGAUAUUUGUUGGUACUCGCAAGAAAUGCCAAGCCCUUUCCAUUGGAAUGGAUUCGCUCGGUUUUAGAAACGUCUCGUUGCAUGCGCAGCGUUCACAACGCGAACGAAUUGCAGCGCUAACUACAUUCAAAUCGAGUGUUACCAAAAUUUUAGUUGCAACAGAUGUCGCCGCGCGAGGUCUAGACAUACCUCAAGUCGAAUUAGUCAUAAACCACAAUGUACCAAAUGAACCUAAACUGUACGUUCAUCGUGUGGGUCGAACUGCUCGAGCUGGGGCUGGAGGCACAUCAAUAACGCUGGUCGCACCCCAGGAAAUCUUACUUGUGCACGAAAUAGAAAAGCACGUUGGAGUCAAAAUGUGUAAACAUAAGGUUGACGAUAAUGAGGUCGCGAAGAUCAUGGCUCAAGUGAAUGUGGCGGUUCGUGAAGCCGAAAUCCGAAUGGACGAAACAGAUUUUCAGGAGCGUCAGCUUAUCUACAAAAGGAAAAGGCUACUAAUAAAGAGCCAAGAGCUCCUUGGAAAGGACAAACCAGAUGACAAAAGGCCGACUGUCAAAAACAAACGCAAUUCUAAGAAAAAGGACAAGCGAGCAUUACAUAACGACAGUAUCGCAAAGAAAGCCCCAAAGAAGACCAAAUCAUAAAAGAAGCUGAUCAUUGGCUAAGAUCUUUCGAAAAUAGUGGUUUGAUCUACUACUCAGGUGGCCAUUAUAUUCUGAAGGCAAAUUAUUGUCCUCAGGAGAAUAAGUGCUGUGUGUAGUAUAUUAUUGAUGUAAAUAGGCUGUAUUAUAAUAUUAGGCAUAGAAAAAUUAUAUUAAACAUGUUUACAUGGAUUUCUCUAGCAAAGCUAUCGGUUGACUAAAUAAGCCGGCCUGACUAGACGAAAUAAACGCUUCUGCUACUAUGAG